CGGUCUGAGGGGCGGACGGUGCUGCUCCGUCUGCGCCCACAUAACACCACCAGCUCAGCCUGCAGCUGCUCAGCCUGCCCAGCCCGUGGAAACCGCACUCGACUCACCUACACAGGUCAUUGGAGAGAAGUGUCACCUCAGGCGUGCGCGCUGAGUGGCGAGUCGUGUGGCAGUUCCCGUGACAGGAUUAAGCCAUUUCCGUUCGUUCGUUUUUCAGUGAGCGGCGCAGAGAUUGGUUCGGCACCGGAGUGAGAGUCUCAGCUGCUGGUCGAUUGCGCGUUCCAAAGCGGUGUUUUUCCCUAAAAAGUGGUGACGCUGUGACCAUUUUGACGCGUGGUAGCCGACCUGCAGAGGUCCGUGCACUGCCAUGGAUCACAGCCGAGCAAAGUCACUAUCUCGAGUGACGCUUCUAGCAGUGUUUGUCGCCUCUAUCUCUGCAGCCAGCGCCGACCCGACCACCAUCACCAUCAUCCACUACGAGUUCUCCGCCAACGACACCAGCGACUCGGUGGGUCUGAUGCGCGCCCUGCAGCGGGCCCUCGAGGCGUACCCGGGCGCGCUGCUACUCAACCCCACCGGCCACCUGGGGAAGCGCCUCUGGAUCCAGCACGACGCCACGGCGCCCAACCUCGCCGACAUCGUGCAGCGCAAGCAGGCUCGACCGCUGAGCAGUCGCUCCGACCCGCUCAUCGCGGCCAACAUCCGCAUCCCGGGACGCGCGCACGUGCGCCCCUCCACAGUGGCCACCGUGGGCGCCAGCGGCACGCGCGUCGGCCUCGUGGGCUUCGUGUCCGAGUCUGAGGGCGAAGAGCCGCAGGCAGCAGCGCUGAUGGUGAGCGCCACUCCUCCGGAGGAAGCCGUUCGACGGGAGGCGCAGCGGAUCAAGGGGAACAGCGUGCCGCUCGUGGUGGCGCUCGGGAACGCCGGCUACCCGGAGGACGAGGCGGUGGCGGCCAGCGUGGCGCAGGUGGACGCCGUGGUGGCCGCCCACGGAGGAGGGGACGGCUACCCGGUGGGAGUGCAGCAGGCCGGCGGGAAGGUGGUGCCACUGCUGCGCGCGCCGCCUGACACCGUCUGCGUGGCGCAGCUGAUGUUCGGGGAGGAUGGCGGUCUGCUGGACUGGGGAGGGUUCGUGGUGCCGAUUGGAGAUGAAGGGAAGGACGCCUGAGGGCGGCACAUGGACGCAGUGGGUGGUGAGGAGUAUGUACAAUCACCGUGGUGAGGAGAUUGCAGAGUGUAUGAUGGCUGCAGAUGACAGGUGAAUUGAUGGACAAGAUGCGAGGACAACGGCAUUGUCAGCGAUUUAAAAGUGAUAGCAGUGAAGUCUAGUAGUCGCGAUAAGUUUAAGCAUGACUGAGCUUUUUCAUCUGCAGCCUAUUCCAAACCAUGGCCAAUCAAUGACAGCAUAAGUGAACUUCCAAUGUACAUGCAUGUCGCCUGAUUUGGACGUCGCAAACUCCAUUUAGUGCCAAUUGUUAUUAUGUUACGUGACUCAGUUCCAAUGUCACAUUGUUUCCCACGCUAACUGCGUUGUUGUUGCACCCAUUGGACUCUGUUGUGCUGCCCUGACAACUGACAAGUUCCACAGAAUCUGCCACGCCUCGGCCAUGAGGCUAUGACCAGAUCGACCCACAUCUGUUCCAAGAACCGCACGGCGACACGCCCAGUUUACGAUCCUGUAUAAAGACGGCUGUCUGUGAUAUGGACCGUCGUUUUUACAUGAGUCAUCGCAGAUUGACCGAGACCAGACCGAGACUUAUGCCUUAGCAAUACUUGACACAGCGAGCGAUGUCUUAAUGACGUGUGACGGCAGAUAAGUCGGCUUACCUAAAUCGCAUGGCCAUGACAGAGAACCAGUCUCAUAUGAGCUCUCCUCGAGGACGAGAUGUUUCUGAGGAGGCGCAUGACGGCCACGUGGUUGGCGGGCGUCAAACUCCAACAAACACUGAGUGGCGAGAGUUUGUUUUGUGAUCCCAUUGAACAUUCUCGUCUUCUCUGAUUACUUGGCAUGCUAAAGUGCUCUGCAGUUCCAACUGACGAUUUUCAAAGCCUGUCCAUCGGUCACCGUGAUUGAACGGUAAUCAACUCCAUCAAAGCCUCGGCAGAUGAAAGACGUCCUGAUAAUGCCAACCACCGCAGACGGCGCUCCGUCUAAACCGCCUUUCACCGCGGCUCGGUUCGACUGGACGCAAUCGGGUCGUGUCAUCCCUAAAUGGCAGCUGACCCAGGCCAAUUCGGAGGGGGUGUGUUACACAAGAUGGGCGUGCCGCGGCCCCGGCGCUGAGCUAACGGAGCCGCCCGCACUUCUAAAGGAGACGGGUGAAAACAGUGCAGUGUCGGUGGGCUCCAGGGAUGGCAGCAGUACGGUAGGGUACGUUACACACUGUGACAUUUUGUCAUCGUGCAUUACAUAUGGUGCUUACGAAUAUACGAUGCACGGUGUUCAUGAAGUUAUGAGCGUUGUCACUGAAUAUAAUCGCAC